AGGCCCUAUGACUGCCAUUCGUAUAAGAACGUCAUUGUUUGCCGAUUAAAGUGAGCCGAAGGAUUUAUUUAUAGUUCAAGAAUCAGUACUGCCCGUGCCUGGGCUAAAUUGUUGUCACUACCACUUGAUUGUUAUUCAAAUCUCCGACCUGUUGCUAAUUGAGAAGAUUACAGCUGUCUCUUUUUACUAUUUACAUGAACUUAUAUACGUCGCUGAAAUAACACUCGAUCAAUCGUAUUUUCAACUAGUUGAGAGAAAUGGAGUUUGAAUUUAAUAGACCCGACAGAGCAAGCAAAUGCACGUGGAAGCCUAAUGCAGCAGACAGUCCUCAUCGCGUCACUUGUAGACAACCGACCGAUUGGAAAAAUGUCAUGCCAAAUAUUCUGCAUGCAAUUGGACAGACGCCGAUGGUCAAGCUCAAUCGCCUACCGAAAAGCUAUGGAAUCAAUUGUGAAGUGUUCGCGAAAUGUGAAUUUAUGAAUCCAGGAGGUUCAGUGAAGGACCGAAUCGCGUUCAGUAUGAUCGAGAACGCCGAAAAAAGGGGUAUUUUGAGACCAGGCUGUACGAUAAUUGAACCGACAAGUGGUAACACAGGAGUAGGUUUAGCGCUCGCAGCCGCUGCAGGGGGCUAUCCGUGUAUCAUAGUUAUGCCUGAGAGGUUUUCCGAAGAGAAAAGUCGUAUUGCGCAAGCCUUAGGCGCCAAAAUAGUACGCAGUCGAUUUGAUGCUGCAUGGGAUGGCCCUGAAGGUCCAUUCGGAGUUGCUCAAACAUUGCAAAGAGAAACUCCCAACAGCGUGAUCCUCGAUCAGUUUGCCAAUCCAGACAACCCGUUGGUUCAUUACAAUCAGACCUCUAUCGAGAUUUGGGAACAAUGUAAUGGCAAGAUUGAUUAUUUGGUUGGAGGUAUCGGAACUGGUGGAACCAUCACUGGAAUCGGACGGAAAUUUCGAGAACUAUCGCCGAGUACAAAAAUUAUAGUAGCCUCCCCUACAAGAUCCUUUCGUGAUAAUAAAUGCUUGGAUCCUGAGGAUCAAAUACAUCAUGUCGAAGGCAUUGGAAUAAGCUUUGUCGCAACAACCACGGAUCUUAAUAUCGUGGAUAUGCAAGUAAACACCGAGCAAAAGGAAUGUCUGAAUUUAGCUAGAGAAUUGAGCAAACAGGAAGGCUUACUUUGCGGUGGGAGUAGCGGGGCUGCUUUAUCGGCAGCAUUGAAUGUCGCCAAAGAUUUGCCUGCGAACAAACGCGUGGUGGUCAUUUUACCAGAUACCAUUUACAAUUACAUGACCCAGUUUGUUGCCGAUUCGUGGAUGGAAUGGAAAAAUUUCCUGGAUCCACCGAAACCGUUGAAAACUAAUGAAUGGUGGUGGGAUUUACCGGUUUCUGAAAUAUCUCUAAAUAAACCUAUUGUUCUACCGAAUGACUCGACUUGUGAAAAAGCUCUGACACUGCUGCCAGAAGAAGGCAUCCAUCGAGUAGCCAUUGUUGACGAGAACGGCUGUAUCAACGGCUUUGUCACUCGCAACAAACUGUUAAGUGGUCUGAUAUCUGGAGAAAUAAAGUCCUCUGAUCUUGCAAUGAAAGCGCUCAUUAAAUAGUUCAAGAGGGUUGCCAAGACGAUUACACUCGGUAGACUUUCCCGAAUUAUUGAACAUUCAUUGUACGCUGUUGUCUACGAUGAAAAUAAUAAUGAUUCUCUCGUUGGAAUUGUAACACAAAAUGAUCUAUUCAAUUAUGUUUCUCAGCGCAAAUAAUCGAAUUGUGAACGGUAAUGUUAGCAAACGAUGUAAUUGUUUAUUUUGCAUGUAUGCAUGUAGAGCAUGAAACGAUUUAUUUUAAUACAAGAAAUUUUUUAUUUUUCCAACUAAAAAUUACUUUGAGAAAAGUGUGAUCUUAUGUAUCUUCUUUUCCUUUUCAUUGCCUAAUUUUUCUUAAACUAGAAUCGAAUGGAAAAUGAUUAUAUUACUUCGCACAAUGCUCAUUAACUAACGAUGAAUAGCUCAUUGAUUAUUUAUACACUGUGAUAAUCUUUUUAUGUUUCAACGUUCAAAGUUAACAAAAGCUUGACAUAUUUCACAAUUUGAAGGCAAA